AUGGAAGUAUGUCUACACCCGACUUUAUUUACUGAAUCAUUAGAAAACUCUUUCUGUCGCCAGAUAGUUGCCCCUCGUACAGCGCUUCUAUCAAAUUAUGAAGUCCUCACACUCCUCAAAGAACUAGAAAGCGAACAACUCGCACGCCAAAAGACGGCUAUUCGUAUCAAAAAGGAGGAGGAGGAACGGCUGGCGUCGGGCAUGACCGACACGAAUACUUCAUCGCUCGCGAAUGCAUUUGUGCAGGAAGAGGUGAGCGAGAACUUGCGAACAGUUGAAGUUGAGGCGAUCCAAUAUUUGACCGCAGAUUUCCAACCUACAAAUUCUCAGUCGCCAGAAUCGAUAACGCAGCUCGUUCGUGGAUUAAACCAAUUUGAUCUCACGAAAGCAGAGAAAUUGCAAAUCGUGAACCUCGCACCGACAGAGCCUGUUGAGUUAUAUGUCAUCGUAGAAGAGAUUGAAGACAGGUUCGGGGAUAGCAUGGAAGACGUGCUCCAAGUUGUCCGAUCCUCAUUGGAAAAGCCGCUAUUCCUGUCAGCUGAUGAUAACGAGGAUCCGCCGUCAAACUUACAAAAUGGAGCUGAGCGAGACGUAUACAAGGAAAGGCGCGGUUGGGAGGAAGGUGGUGAGUUAGAGGAAGAAUUCGAUGACUUCGGCGCUGGCGCUGGCGUCGAGGGUGACCUCGAAAUGGGCGAUGACAACGAUGAUUGA